CUGGGCCCUAUGUACCUCCACUAGCGACACACCACCGGGCUUCGGGAAGGGCUUGGUCACUGGCUCGGGAGGACAGUGAACUCAAUCACCUUCGCAGAAAUCCGAUUUCGAUCCACGUGAUUGCCAUCGUGAUUGCCAUCGGCAUGGUCAAUUCCCGCAAACGCGGAAGCAUUGUCCCGAUCGAGUGGCGUGAGCAUGAGGCACCCUUGAGGAAUGGCAUCGCGCUCUGGGACUUCUCGGCAGCGCGCCACGGAACGCCGCGGCCACGGCCGGAGGAACCCUCCGCUGAAAAGGAGCAGCGGCGCGCUCAACUCAUGCAGGAGUUCCGCUCGCGCUAUGCCGAGAUCUGCCACCAGGUCUUGGGGCUUGCAAAGCCGCCGGCGGAUUCGAUUGAUCGCUGGCUUUUGGAGCAACUGGCCCAGAGAGGAGGUGGGCGCGAUCCGCUGGUGCCACGCCCACGGAUCGCGGAAUCGUCUCGGGUUCUUGAACGGGAGCUGUUGGCAGAGGUGCCCAUGCGAUGCCAUUCUCGGGUGACCGGAAGGCUGGCCUCGGAGCAACUGGCCAGGUAUGUGAAGAGUGCCAGGGAUUGGCUCCAGCGGCUACAGGAGCCAUCCCAGCUCAUCAGCGAAGAGGUUGAAGCUCUUGAUGCCUGGCUCAAGGAGCAUGGCGACGAGUGGAAAGUCGGUCGGAAGUCGUCGGCCGAUUGCCCAUUUCGGAGGAAGCUGGAUGAGCUGGUGGCCCAGGAGCACAUGGGCCUCUCCGUGCGUUUCCGCGUGGCGGCUCAAGACAUGGCGGUGGAGAUCUUGAAAAGGGUCUCCGAUGAGGCGGAGUCGAUGGUCGUGCAGCUUUGCGAGUUCAAGGCAUCAGAUGUGUAUCCGGUGCAUUUGGACAUGGAAGGUGCUGCGCCAAAGAUCAUCUUCCGUGAGGAGGAAAUGAAGAUUUCUGCGAUGCAUAUGCAGAAGCUCCACCAACUUUACGAGGUUCAUCAAGGGCCUGGUGAUUCCGAGGACUGGAAAGCUGCCUUCAGGCGCCGCUUGUAUUGCAUGCUGCGGCGAUAUGUGACCUUUAUUGGCCUGGAUCCGGCCGAAGAGGGCAGUCAAGGUGGCAACAUGCAUGCCGCUGCGCCCGAAUGCGUCUUCGCAUGGCUUCGCGAUGAGAUGGGCGUCUCCGCGGAGCUGUUUGCUUCUCCAUUGAACUGUUUCUUCGCAGAGUACUACUCCGCCUUCCCAGAUGUGGAUGCCUUCUUUGGGUCACAAGGUUCUUUCUUCGACCUGGAUGACUUGCCGGAGGGCUCCUACGAAGUGGGACCUCCCUACACCGAAGAGGUCAUGGAGCUCAUGGCGCGGAAGUUGCUGAAGCACCUGAGAAGCUCCGCGGAAAAGAAACAAGUCUUGAGUUUUGUGGUCUUUGUGCCUGAUUGGGGUGAUGAAUGCACUGCGUUGGGCCUCGUGAGCGGCGAAGACUUCCAACCAUUUCGACCAGAGCUGUGCAAAAAGCAAGCCUAUUUGCUGGCGAGGGGUCGUGAGCAUCACUACAUUUCAGGAGUGCAAUUCUUUCACGAUUCGGGCGCGGAUGCUUCUAGGCGCUAUUACGAUGUCCCACAUGGCACCCGGAUCUACGUGCUCCAAACGCCGAAGGCAGCUGAGCGCUGGCCCUUCGGACAGGCCAAAGCAGAAGCUCUCUUGGCCAAGCUGGGCCCCGUCGAGGAGAAAAAAGGAUCACAGCCAUGGCCCGCCAUUCGUUGGCAACGAAUCUGAGAGACAGCCAGUCACAUGUCAGCCAGUCGCAGCCAGUCGCAGAGUUCCAAGAUUUCUUGCAAACGAAUGUAACAAUGUUGGUGACAAGUGGGCAGAGAAACACGCAUUUUGAUCAGCCUGUCUCGCGAACAACCGACGCCAAAUGAGCUCUUACCGUUGCGUGAUGACAUGAAUCAGUCGUUACACUUCCA